AUGCCAAUUAUCAAAGUAAAAUACCAAUCAAUUGUACGUCGUUUCUCCGUUUCUGAAACAACAACUUGGACCGAACUUGAAUCCAACCUUCGCACUUUAUUUUCUUUACCACCUACUUUCCCUUUUUCGCUUUCAUAUACUGACGAAGAUGGCGAUGUUAUUACUCUAUCAACUGACUUGGAAAUUAAUGAUCUUUUAUCUAAUCAACAACCCAAUACCACUUUAAGGUUCACUAUCGUUCCUCGGAUCACUCAACAGCCUCAACAAUCUAAUGAUGCUAUCAUUACUUUCCAAACUCCCAUUGUUAAUGCUGAACCAUUGUCUCGCAAUGUAACAGUGACAAAUGAAUCUGAGGAACCAAUUUUUACUCCUACAAUUCCUUCUAUCUCAAAAGGUAAGCAAAGAGCCGCUGAGGAAGAUAUACCUUUAGAGUCUAGUUCAACAGAUCAACAGCAAUCAAAUGAAGAAGAAACCAGAGCUCCGUUCAUCGAUUUAGCUCAACGAUUUCAAACUUUACUUGAACAGAUACGACCCGUAUUGGAUAAAAAUCCGCAACUCGUUGAACAAGCAAAUGCUAUUAUGGAUCAAAUUUUACAAAAUGUUCCCGUCGACAUUGAUCAAUGGUUUAAAUCCCAUUUUAAUGAUUUUCAACGACAACAACAAACUCAACAAAAAUAUAAUGAUUCAGAUCAGUUUUUUUCACAAAAAAUUGAACCAUGGUUACGAAAAGUAGGUCUUGGACAAAGACAUCAGAAUGACCCAAAUUUUGAUGACGCGACAUUAGUAGAAAAAUUAGAGACUCUUCAUUCGAUGGGUUUCUGGGAAGAUGAUGAAAAAAAUAUUGAACUUUUGGAAAAAUAUUCUGGAAAUAUUGAAAAAGUCGUUGAAGUUUUAAUUUCAAUACAGAAUGAGAGAAUUGCGAAAGAAGAAAAUCUUCAACCUCACACUGAAGCGUAA